CGAGAAAAACCUGGCGGUGUCUUGACUCAAGAUGCGUAAGAAACAUCAGCAAAAACCAGGUCUUACUGUACUUGGAGUAUUUUGAAGCAUUAGUCUGUCGGGUAAUACUAAUAUGUGAUUACACCAGAAACGAAGUUGGUCAUUUCCUGCUCUCGAUGACCAUGCUGCCGAUUUAUAUAGAUCAGCGGUGGUGACAACAUAUAGUUCCCCGACCACUCCGUCCUCGGACGUGCAGUAACGCUGGUUAUUACGACCGAUAGCACUGUCGAGCUCGUCAUGGAAACGACAUAGUCAAUUGACCAAUCAGCCGUCAAUCAUCCGACAAGGUACCACCGUUCGGGCCGGUCCAGGAACCAAUAUGCGCGGCGCGAGUCCACAAAUGCGGAGAGACUCGGUCGUGUCCCCAACAAUAUCGCCUAUCCAGCCCUAUCGACCUGACUCAAUGCCUGCAGUUGCCGCGGUUCCUUAUCCCCGCCGGACCAGGAACCCGGCUGCUUACCGGUCGGGGAAGGGUCCGAUAGCCAGCGACAAGAAGAAGGCCGAGGUAUUCAAAGAAGGAGCCUCGUCCUGCUCCUCUCUUUGUCCUUGUCCUUCGUCCACUUGGUCACCACAGGACGAGGCCUCGGAGAAAUAGCUUCACUGCCAUCUUUCUCCCCCUCCCCGCAAGCCUGUCUAGCUUUGACUGCUGUCACCCUGGGCGCUAUACGGAGCAUCACCACCUGUCCUGUCGCCACCAUGAAGUUCUCCACCACUCUCACGGCGCACGCCCUCCUCGCCGCGUGUGGCUCCCUCGCCCUCCCAGCCGAGGGUGGCUACAACACAGUCAAGCUCGACGGCUACGGCAGCUUCUCAGGCAAGGUCGUCAACACCACCCUCAAGGGCGGCGCCCUCCCCGCCGCCGUUGACGCCUGGCUCGGCAUCGACUAUUCCACCCAGCCCACCGGCGAGGGCCGAUUCGAGCCCGUGACCUGGCCCGAGCCCUUUGACGGCGUCAAGGCCGCCACCGAGUUCGGCAAGACCUGCAUCCAGGAGGAAGCCUCGGUGCCCAUCGAGCUCCAGGACGAGGCCUGCCUCAACUUCAACGUCUACCGCACCAAGGGCGUGCCGCUGGACCAGAAGCUGCCCGUCCUCGUCUGGAUUCACGGCGGUGCCUUUUACGCCGGUAGCUACCAGAGCUUCGAUGCCGCUUCCUUUGCCGCCUAUUCCAAGGCCCCCAUAGUGGUCGUCCAGCUCCACUACCGCGUCAACUCGCUCGGCUUCCUGCCCAGCGCCCUGUUCGAGCGUGAGGGCCUGCUAAACCUCGGCAUGCGCGACCAGGACCACUUCCUCAAGUUUGUGCAGAAGCACAUCGCCUCGUUCGGCGGCGACAAGGAUGCCGUUACCAUCGGUGGCCGCUCCGCCGGUGGCCACUCGGUGGGCAUCCACUACUUUCACAACUACGGCGAGGGCGCCAAGGAACCCCCGCUGUUCGCCGGCGCUAUCCACCAGUCCGGCUCCGUGACUGCCCGCGCCUUCCCCAACGCCACCUACCCGCUCUACCAGAGGCAGUACAAGGAGUAUGUCGACUACCUGGGCUGCUCGCCCGACGACCUCUCCUGCCUCAAGGCGGCCGACAUCAACAAGAUCCGCGAGAUCAGCACCAAGCUCUACCACGACUACGACCCGGCCCUGACCUGGCCCUUCCAGCCCGUCGAGGGCGGCCCGCUGCUCGAGAAGUUUGGCUCUCAGUCCGGCUACGACCAGACCUUCCACAAGGUCCGCACAAUCACGUCCUCGACUACCGACGAGGCCAAGUACUACAUCCCAGGCACCUUUGAAACCGACAAAGAAUUCGUUGACUACCUGGCCAACAUCUCCCCGGCGCUCAACUCGACCGACCUGGCCCUGCUGGCCAAGCUCUACCCUGACCCUGCCACCAACCCCAACUCUCCCUUUGCCAACUCCCCCAACAGCACGCAGUACAACCGCCUGUCGGCCGCGUGGAGCGACUACGCCUACAUCUGCCCUUCCCAAGAGACGGGCUACCGGGCUUCGCUGGCGUCGGUGCCGACGUGGAAGCUGCGGUUCGACACCAACGCCUCGUGGCCGGCGUGGCGCGGCAUCCCCCACACCUCGGACACGCGCUACACGUGGGCCGACCCCACGACGCAGCACCCAGACGUCUCGCAGAUUUACCAUGCCUACCUGGCCAGCUUCGUCACUGCCGGCGACCCAAACACGCACAGGUGGGAGGGCAGCCCCGAGUGGCCCGCCUACAAGCCGGCCGGCUACGGGCUCGACUCGGAGCCCGCGUCGCAGCUCGUCGUCAGGCCCAACCAGGGCACAAAGGUCGAGAAGGACGACAUCAGGAGGGAGCAGUGUCUGUUCUGGCGCGAUCCUGAAAGAGCUCCCAGGCUAAACAAGUAAAUGGCUUGAAGACAGGGGUCUCACUUUUUUUCAUAAAUAAAAAGAAAAAAGACCUGCCCAUAACUACUAUAUAUCAAAAGCCUGUUUACGAGAUUAUGAUAACAAGGACUAAGAGUAGCAAAAGGCAUAUAUAUAGCUCAUCU